AAAACACCACCCCCUACAAUAUGUUACACACAAUUAAUCUUGUGCAUAACAAUUUCACAAGUGCUAUUUUCAGUACAUUUUCUUAGUUGUGAUAAUAUGAGAGUGAGCGCAGAGUUUGAGCGUGUUCUCAAGUAUUUCGAUGAAGAUGGGGAUGGUAAGAUUUCCCCAUCUGAGCUUAGGAACCGGCUAUGCAUGAUGGGUGGUGAGUUAUUGUUCAAAGACGCUGAAAAGUUGAUUGAGGAAUUGGAUUCUGACGGUGAUGGGUUUUUGAGUUUGGAAGAUUUUGUGAAGAUAAUGGAGGCAGCAGGGGAAGAUGAGAAGUUGAAGGAUUUGGCGGAAGCUUUUGAGAUGUACCAUGACACUGAAAUGCUUGGGUUUAUUACACCCAAAAGCUUGCAAAGGAUGCUGAAUAGGUUGGGAGAAUCAAAAUCCAUGGAGCAAUGCAGAGCAAUGAUUGGCCAUUUUGAUUUGAAUGGAGAUGGCGUGCUUAGCUUUGAUGAAUUUGGAGUGAUGAUGCAGUGAUGAUUUCUUUUUAUCUUUAUUUGAUUUAUUUGGGGAUGGGGGUAGGAUUUAAUUCAUUUGUUGUACAUAUUUUUAGUCACUGCUUUCAUUGUGUUAGGCUUUUGUAAGACUCAGUAAGACUGAUUUGCUGAGCUUUAUAAGCUUCUUGUAUUAUUUGGGCACGAUCAGAUAUUCUCUGCUACUUUUCAUUUGUAAUCCUGAUUUUUAGAUAUUUACACUAUAUAAACAUCUAUUUUUUUCUUACAGAACUA